AAAUCGAUAAAAUUAAAACAGGAAACGUCCUAAGCUCGUAAAAUACUUAUAAGCAUCUGCAUGAGAAGGCUAAUUUAGAGCUCAGUGUAAAUACACUCUUGAUGUGAUGGACUGACAAUAGCAUCUCAGUCCAUAUCUCCUGCAUUGUCUGAUGCUGUCUGUGAUAUUGUUCUGUGUUCAGCUCUUGUCAGUGGGUGGUCAGUGAUUUCUAGCAAAGCUAUUUUGGUUUUAAAACCUUUUAUUAACCAGCUCAGCAAAAAGUCGAAAAUUAUAAUAUGUAAGGAAUGUCAGAUGAGUGAUCAAUACUUAGGAUGAUAAAAUGAUACUUCGCGAGCUAAUAAUGGAACUGACGCCCUAAACAGCUGGCAAUUUUCAAGAUUUCAUCUAGCUCUGAGGGCCUCUCUUCUUGCCUGUCAAACAUGUAGGAAACUAUCGACAUAGUAACAUAAAAAAAAAAUGGCAUUUUCAGAUAAUUAUUAUGAGUUAAGGAGGAGAGAUUGGACAAUUAAAAAGAUAUACAAGACCGUUUACGAGGAUAGAACAGAAGCGAUAAGCAGUUUGGAGAGAAAUGUCCCAGGGAUAACCUGGUGGAUAAGCGAAGGCAGCAGAGGUGGCGAAAAAUGCCUUGGGCGCUAGUCGUGAGACACCAUGAUGUGAUUGUUUAAUUUUACACUUUUACGGUUAAAAACAUUACAAUGCACCCCACUAAGACAUUUUAAAUAAACCAGCAAAAUCCACAUUUCUGGAUGCAGGCUUGAAGAGAGGUCGAUUCUAGUAAUACCUUACACCAAGCAGGUGGAUUAAAAAAGUACUUUAUGUAUUCUGCUGAUGUUUACAUCUGACUCUAGUUUUGGGAUAAACCUAGCACCCGAAUCAACAUGACUAUCAAACAGAAAAUCAUAACUAUUGUAGGUUCUUUUAUCAUUUCAGCGGCCGAGAACGUUCACUUUAAAAGCUGAGUUUAAAACUUGUUUCCCCCAUCAACCCGACAAUCACUUCAUAUUUCUUCGCAUGUUGUAUGUAGAUUGCCAUAGUAUUUAUAGCUUUAGCCUUCACAAUGUAAACGUUACCAAGGGUAAAUAUGGCUUUUUCCCUAAAAUUAAGGGUAAUGUCAUGGAAUCUCUUGGAAUCUCUGGGAGAAAGCCACUGGUCGAUGCUAACUGCUACUGCUGUUUUUCAGGAUUGAGAUGAUCCUAUCGUUACUAUUAAGAAGCACGCUGUUGCUUCUUGUAGUAAACCAUUCUAUUGCCCAAGAAUGGUACACGCAAGACAAUUAUGGACCAGAGUUUUACUCGCCGAGUAUGGUGAAAGAUACACCUCCUUCAUUUUUGGAGAAGAGAGAAGCUGAAAUUUUAGCCAAUGAGUCAAAAUUAGUUUAUCUGCCGGAUUACGCGUCAAAUAUCCGUCAAAAACGAGACUUAAAUGAUGCUGACAACGAGCAGCAGAGUAGUGACGUCACUGAGUACACUCCAAAUGACAUUUCAGGUCCCGUGGAUGAGCUGUCCGAUAGUAAUGUACAAUCUGUUGACCUGAACACCUCCCCAGAUACAAACGAUCAAAGGGUCACCAACAACAGCUAUGAAUAUGCUAACAGUGAUACUAGUAACAGCUACGAAUACCCGCAGAGUGACGACAACAGCGGUGUCAACAGUGAUAUUAACAGCGAUGUCAACAGUGAUACCAACAGUGAUGUCAACAGUGAAGCCAACAGUGAGGUCAACAGUGAAGCCAACAGUGAUGUCAACAGUGAUGAAAGCAUUGUUACAGGUAGUGUUACCAACAGUGAUGUCAACAGUGAAGUAAACAGUGAUGCCAACAUUGUUACCGACAGUGAAGUCAACAGUGAUGCAAACAUUGAUACCAACAAUGUUACCAACAGUGAUGUCAACAGCAAUGUCAACAAUGUUACCAAUAGCGAAACCAACUUUUAUGGCAAUGAAACAACCGACCAAAGGUUGGAAGACCGUGCUAAUGACUUCAUGGAAGAGAAAGAUGAGCCAGCAAAUUAUGCAGACACGUCUGAUACAAAAGCGGCCGGUAACAACGAGGUGAUACAAGAAGGCUCAGGGGAAUCUUCUUUUCAAGCAGAUGAUAGCCAUACGAUAAACAAAGAGGAAAAUGAUAGCAAACCAGAAGGAGAACAUGCAGUCGAGGCUGACCAAAGCAAUCAAAGGAAAAUUCUUGGGGAUUUCCAGGACAGCAGUACGCUUAUUCCAAUCUACAGUGCUGUCCAUCAAAUAUGA